AUGUCUUCCACUAUUGUUAUCGUAUUUCUUUGCGCUAGUUAUGCUCUAUACUCACUGCUGUGCUUGAUUCGAAACAUUCGAAUCGCCAAAGCCAUUGGCAUCCCAGUGGUAUGGAGCCCCAUCAGCCCAUUCAACCCGUUUUGGAUCAUCUUCAAUAAACGGCUGUCCCCGAUUAUCCAACGUCUCCCCCUCAGCCUGGGAAGCUGGACUCAACACGAUGCGCUAGACUGGACCUGGGUAGACCGCGCUCAUGGAGACUCACAAGUCCAUGAGAAGCUCGGCGACACCUUCGCUCAUGCCACCCCAAGGGAGAUCGAAAUACACACGCGCGAUCCUGCUGUCGCCGACGAGGUGUUACGGAAACGUGCCAAUGAAUUCCCCAAAAUAAGCCACUAUGCCAAGGUGCUCGAUUUUCUUGGUACGAGUCUUGUCUCGUCAGAUGGCGAGGACUGGGUUCGCCAUCGCAAAGCCACCGUCUCUACACUGAGCGACAGAAAUAAUCGACUUGUCUGGACCGAAACCAUCAGGCAGACGCAGCAGAUGAUCAAACACUACUUCUCAGCCUCGAGCGGUCGCAUCAUUGACCCCGUAGAAGACGUUCGAGAGGUGUAUCUCCACGUUUUCACGGGGGUUUGCUUCGGUGUCAAGUACGACUUCCGCCAAGCCGCAGAAAAAUACAUACCGGAAGGUCACUCACGCAGCUACAAGGACUGUCUUCACACCAGUCUUAAGGACUUGCUCAUUCUCCGUCUGGUGCCAAAGUGGAUUUUGGAUCUGCCCUUCUUGCCACAUAGGAUUAGCAACUUUCGCGAUUCCGCACGUGAAAUGCGCCAAUAUCUCGACGAGAUGAUUGCUUCUAGUAAAGAGGAGCUGGAAGAAAAGGGAACAAGAAGACGAACUCAGACGGAUAAUCUUCUAAGCUUCAUGGUCAAGAGCAAUGGCGAGAUUGAGGCCGAGAACGUGAGUUCCGACGUGAGCUUGAAGCGGAAUUAUCUUACAGAGUCAGAGAUCCGUGGGAAUCUCUUCACUUACUCCCUUGGUGGGCACGAGUCUUCCGCUCAUACCUUGACUUUCGCGCUCUAUCUCCUUGCAGCUCUUCCACAAGAGCAAGAGUGGCUGGCAGCAGAGAUCACGUCAGUCCUUGGCCAAAAGACAGACUGGCAAUCUGAAGAAUCAUUCAUGGAAGUGUUCCCUCGCUUGAAGAGAUGCCAAGCUGUCAUGAACGAAACCUUGCGGCUCUAUCCAUCAGUCUCUGUGCUGCCGAAAUGCACCGGUUCAGGGUCCACGACACUUCUCGUCAGCGGGAGCGACCGACAUAUCCCGCCAAGUGUCAAUGUCUACGUUAACAUGCCCAGCAUUCAAAUACACAAGCCAGUUUGGGGCCCGGAUGCGACAUCAUUCAGACCAAGCCGUUGGAUCACUUCAUCACAAUCACAUGCAGGGCUGGAAAACGAGCAGCUCCGGGCCCCCCCUGAGGGCGCAUUUCUACCGUGGAGUGACGGCAAGCGUAUCUGCCCCGGGAAAAGGUUCUCUCAGGUGGGCUUUGUGGCAGCGCUUGCGGCAAUCUUGCUCAAGCAUAGAAUUGAAGUUAUUCCUGAUGCUGGGGAAAGCAUGGGUGACGCGCGUAAACGAACGCUUAGAGUGGUCAACAACACGUAUGCUGUCAUGACUGUUCACAUGUAUGAGCCGUCAUCUACGAUGGUGACGACAGCGACGACACUGAUCACGGGGAAGAUAUACUUCCACUCUCACUACAAAGCUCAUGUUUCUGUACAAAAGGCUUCAAAAACACUUUGCCAGUUUGUUUCCAUCAAAUGCUGCAUACCUAUUGUGUUGGAACAAGAAACCCCAGAAGACCCAGAGCAGUUGAAGCCUGAAGAAACACCACACGCAUCAAUGAAGCAAGAAGGAAACGAAGCUGUGGUAGAGCAUGCGCGCUCCUCAGUUGACGUCUUCUCUGCUCCUCCUGAGCUCGACAGGCACUCAACUGGAGAAGACUCAGUCGCUGCUGAAGACAAACAAGAGCCCAUUCUCAUCACAUGGGAUGGGCCGAACGACCCCCGCAGCCCCAAGAAUUGGCCUUCAAAGAAGAAAUGGGCAGCAGUAUUCUGUGUCUCAUUCUACACCCUCCUGUCGCCAGUGUCCUCAUCCAUGGUCGCGCCCGCCCUGGAAGCAAUAGCCCACGACCUCACCAUCCCUUCCGCCUUUGAACAGAUCCUCGUCCUCUCUAUCUUCGUCCUCGCCUACGCCCUCGGGCCCCUCAUCUGGGGCCCUCUCUCCGAGCUGUACGGCCGCAUCAUCAUCCUCCAGCUCACAACCCUGCUCUACAUGGCUUUCAACCUCGGCUGCGGCCUCGCCACCACAAAAGUCCAGCUCAUCGCCUUCCGCUUCCUUGCUGGCUUCGGCGGCUCGGCACCAAUGGCCGUCGGCGGCGCCGUCUUCGCAGACCUCUUCAACGCCGAGGAGCGCGGGCGAGCUAUAUCGAUCUACUCGCUCGCGCCCCUCCUGGGCCCGGCCAUCGGCCCCAUCGCGGGCGGCUUCAUCACGCAGGAGACCACCUGGCGCUGGAUCUUCUACAGCACCACCAUGUUCGCGGGCCUCGUCCAAGGGAUCGGCUUGUUCGUGCUCCAAGAAACCUGCGCCCCGGUACUUCUGGUCCGCAUCAAGAACCGCCUCGUCAAGGAGACGGGCAACACCGCCCUGCGCACCGAGUUCGACAACCCGGACCGCACCGUCCUCCGCGCCCUCGCCGGCGCCCUCACACGCCCGUUCCGCCUCUUCGGCACGCAGGUCAUCAUCCAGGCGUUGGCCGUGUACAUGAUGUACCUCUACGGCAUCAUGUACCUUGUUCUCUCCACCUUCUCGGCUCUCUGGACGACGAGGUAUGGAGAGUCGACCGGCAUCAGCGGGCUGAACUACAUCUCGCUUGGCCUCGGCUUCUUCCUCGGGGCCCAGACAUGCGCCAGGUUCCAGGACCGCGUUUACGUCGCUCUCAAGAAGCGCUACGUCCCUGACGGCGGGCCUGGGAAGCCAGAGUUUCGCGUGCCGAUGAUGGUUCCGGGGGCGGUUCUCGUACCCGUCGGAUUGCUGAUAUACGGAUGGUCUGCGCAGCACAAGGCCCAUUGGAUCCUACCUAAUCUUGGCGCGGUGCUGUUCAGCGCGGGCGUCAUUGUAGGGUUCCAGGGCAUUCAGGCGUUCUUGGUCGAUACGUAUACGAGGUAUGCCGCGUCUGCCAUCGGCUCGGUCAUGGUGCUGAGAAGCGUUGCUGGGUUUGGGUUUCCGUUGUUUGCACCGGCUUUGUACCGUAGGCUGGAAUAUGGGUGGGGGAAUACGCUGCUGGCAUUGAUUGCCGUCGGUAUUGGUUUGCCUGGCCCCAUUCUCUUGUGGGUGUUUGGGGAGCGGCUGAGAAAGAGGAGUCAAUUUGCCGCUGGCUGA